AUGUUGUCAUUCAGUUUUUUCCUGCUAGGUCUUCUGGUGGCCACUUUUGGUAGGAUCUCUGCCUUUCAACAGGUCAGACAUGAUGCCUUAUUUCAACCACACUAUAUACUGCGCGUCACCGAGGAAGAAACCAGCAUUGCAUGUCGCACAAGGCUAUCUGCGCUUGUCAAUGGAACGACACCGGGUCCAACCCUCUAUAUGAAGGAAAACCAAACUACAUGGAUUAGGGUUUACAAUGCCAUGAACUCCUCUAAUCUAACCAUGCAUUGGCACGGCAUAUCGCAGUCAGCUGCUCCAUGGUCUGACGGAACACCUCAGGCCAGUCAAUGGCCUAUCAGUCCCCAUCACUUUUUCGACUACGAAGUGCGGCCGAAAAUAGGCGAAGCCGGUUCAUACUAUUACCAUUCCCAUGUCGGUUUUCAGUCUGACACCGUUGCGGGCGUGUUGAUCGUCGAGGAGGCUGAUGGGUUGCCGCCAUACGAAUAUUAUGAAGACCGUGUCCUGUUUCUCUCCGAGCUCUUCAAUGUGACUGACCAAGCAGCAAUGGACUUCCUGCAAGGUCCAUUUGUGAGCUACAAAUGGCCUGGAGAAGCGGAAUCAAUACUCGUGAAUGGUAACGGAUAUCGUGCUCGAGACGGUGAAGACUCAUUGGUCUCGAAGCCUUAUGGUAAAUUCGACCCUGGAGUGCUGCGACCCUGCCGCCCGGAGGUUAUCGAGGUAGAGCAGAGCAAGGUUUAUCGAUUCCGCGCCAUUGGGGGUGUCGCAAUGAGUCCUUUAGCUUUCGCCUUUGAAGAUCACGACAAUCUUACUAUCAUUAAUGUUGACGGGGCAUACACCGAGCCUGCAAACACUAGCCUCAUUCAGCUCGGCGGCGGACAACGCUACGACUUUCUCCUCGAAACAAAAUCAGAGCAAGAAUUGAAGGCACUAGGCAGGACAAAGUUUUGGAUACAGAUCGAGACGCGCUACAGGAACUUAAAUAACACAUUCUACGCUAUCCUAUCUUACAAGACAGACCUGGGUCCGAAUGUGAACAGCACGAUCCCGGCUGAGCCCCCAGCUGAGAAGCCUGUGUUCAUUCCUUAUGCUCUGGAGGACUGGUUGGAGUAUAAGCUGCAACCGCUGAAACCAAAUGGCUUCCCAACAGCCGACCAGGUUACUCGUCAGGUCUAUCUCACAUCUACACAGCUUGUUGUCAAGAGUGGUGCAUUUUGGACAGUUAACAAUCACACCUGGACAGAGAAUGACCAGCACGAGCAUGGGGAUCCAUACAAUGAUACGGCUCCGUCUGCUGAUGUACCUUACCUAGUUGAUAUUUAUCGACGUGGUCAGAGCGCUAUUCCGAACUAUGAUUUAGCAGUUCAAAAAUAUGGAGGAUGGGAUCCUGGGCUAAAUGUGUACCCAGCACGCAGAGGCGAAGUUAUUGAUAUUAUCCUUAUCAAUAACAACAACAACCGGAGUGGUGGGUUUGACACCCAUCCCUGGCAUAUCCAUGGCGAUCACAUCUAUGACCUUGGUAGUGGCCCAGGAGAAUACAACGCCACUGCUAAUGAAGAGAAACUCACCGGGUACACUCCUAUCAAGCGAGACACCAGUCUACUGUACAAAUAUAUUACCGGCGACGGAGUGGGAACGAAUACUGAAUAUACACCUCAAGGAUGGCGUGCCUGGCGGUUAAAGGUUGACAAUCCGGGAGUGUGGAUGAUACACUGCCAUGUUCUUCAGCACAUGAUUAUGGGAAUGCAGGCAUUGUGGGUUAUGGGUAAUGCAACCGAAGUCACACACAACACUGGACCGAGUCUUGUUGAGGGCUAUUUGAACUACGGUGGCAAUGCGUAUGGAAACAGCUCCUACGAUCCCUUGGUCAACCAUUACUUUAGUGAUUAAUUUUGCGUAAAUAAUGAGAUACACAUGCAGACUCUCAUAAAAUGCUAGAUUUAUUGGAACGC